AUGAAACCUAAACCAAAAAUUGAAACUAAUAAUACAAUUGAUUAAUUAUCAAGGACAACUCAAAAUCUCAAUUCUUAUCAAUAAGAUCUCCUCAAUUCAGUUCGGAGCAUCAAUUCAAAGUCCAAUUCCAACCCCAGUAUUUUUGGGAAAGAAGUUCUCAAACAGAAGUACACUUAAGACUCUCCCUUUAAAAGGAAGCAAUACAAAAAUAUGGAAAUAGCUACCGCAUUGCAAAAGCAGAAUCAGAUUAUCCUAUCAAAAUACUAUAAACCUUAGAACAACUCUUCAAAAAGUUAAUAAACUUUGUUGCUAAAUCACCUUGUCGCCAAAAUAAAUCCAAGUAACGAAAUCAAUAUGUUCAAACAAUCUUAACCAUCCUCAAUUGAUUCUAGACCCCUUACAUCCCAAAUCAAUUAGACAAACUCGGCGUAAAACAGAAGGUAGGAAUCAAUUGGAUUGAAAUAUCAAAAUAUUUAUGAUGGAAUAUAUCAGAAACCAAAGAAAGUACACUCACACUAGAUAUCUCCAGUUCAUUCAAGGCAACUAUCCUUAUAGCAAUCCUAAUCAAUAACUAAUAGAGUAUAAAAAUAUUUUGAAAGCAUUAAAUUUAACAAAGAAGAUGUCUAAUUUUAGUACUACUUAGGAAAAAUCAAGUAAGUGUUUACUCAGCCUCGUAAGGAUGAUUAUUUUAGCUCUCUCUACAGAGAACAUUUCUUUUAAACAUAUCAAGGGAUUUAUGCUGCAUCCCAUCUAAGAAUAGCGGAUCCAAAUGAUUUCAAAAAGAAAGCAAUCAAAAUUAAACGGAAAGAAUAACAUACAGGUAUUAAGAAUUUGUAAAUUAGAUAAAAUAUCUGUGAUCUUUGAUUUGGAUGAAACUUUAGUUCAUUGCAAUGAGUCUAUAUUAUAGAAAUCUGAUUUUCUUUUGAACAUCAAGAUGAGUCCCAAUUUAGUGGUUAAAGCUGGAGUCAACAUACGACCAGGAGCAAUAGAAUUAUUGGAAUCUUUGGUGGAACACUUUGAGAUUAUAGUUUUCACUGCAUCACAUUAAUGUUAUGCCAAACAAGUAUUGGAUUAUUUAGAUCCAGAAAAUAAAUUGAUUUCACAUAGAUUGUUUAGAGAUAGUUGCAGUUAAACAACAGGAACUAUGUACACUAAAGAUUUGAGAAUAUUUGACAGGCCACUAAGUCAAAUCGUUUUAGUUGAUAAUGCAUCUUACAAUUAUGCUUGGUAAUUGGAUAAUGGAAUACCUAUUGUUCCAUUUUAUGAUAACAAGGAUGACCGAGAACUUUGGGGGUUAUAGACUUAUUUGAUGGGAAUGCGUGGGGUUUCAGAUGUUAGAGAGUACAAUAGGUAAUAGUGAUGUCAACUUUAUUUUUAGAAACAAAUUGAAAUUAAAUCAAUUCUAUGAUGCUUCUAGUGCUGCCUGUGUUUUUGAAAAGCUUUUUCAAUAAAAAAUGGAAAUAUGA